GAGAUCACUUGAGCCAGACUUCAGGAAGGAGACUUUGCUCUGAUGAGCAAGAUUUAAGCUUUUGUCUGACUGCAUCAUGGAAAGAAUUUAACUACCUGUGGAAGCCAAACUGAAACAUAGAGAAGCCACUUUUAAAGGUCUUCUAGUGUUUAUCGAGCUACUAUUUCAGAAAAGGGUGGCAAGCCCCAUUUUAUAAAAACUACCGUAGCAGAGCCUCAGGCUGACCUAUUUGCAAAAGGCCAGAGGUUGGAGUCUUGUGUCUUUAAUCCUCAAUAGCAGGAUCCUUGAAGCACCAGGAUUUUGAGCCCUGCUGACUUGCCUCAGAUCUAUAGGUCGACUUCUUAACAGCUCUCUACUUCCCUGCAGCGUCAAGCCGGUUCCCCAACCUGGUCUGCUGAACGCAAACCGCUGAGAGUUUGCUGCGCCGCCCCCUGGGGCCCCGGGCUGCCGAGUCUCGCUAAGGCAAAGACGCAAGCAAGCGAGAGAUCGCAGUGGAAGACAAACAAGCGCGCGCGAGGGGAGCCCCAGGAGGGCGGCCAGGUGGCUAGCAGGCGGCUCCCGCCGCGCCCGGGUGGCCCCGCCGGCGGCGGCGGACGGCGGGGAGGAAGCGCGCUCCGAAAAGUUCAAGACUACGGGCGGCAGCGCGCCGCGUCGCUUAGCGUCCCUUCCUCGCCGCGCUCCAGGAAAAGGAACUUGCUCUUGUAGCAGCUAGAGACGCAAGCGUUUCCUAACGUGAGAGGGUACCGUGUGUCGAGGGGCCGGGGUGGGGAGCAGCGAGCAGGAGACGCGAGCGAGGCUGCUGGCCGAGGGCGUGGAGGGAGCGCGGAGACGACAGACCCCGAUGCCGGCGGCCAACAUGAUGGAGAACCUGCAGUUGCCCGCCCUGCAGGUGCCCGAGCCGCAGGGCGCGCAGGAGAGCAGCCCGGUCUGGUCCAGCUCGUCUACCCCCACGCUCCGCCGCCGGCGCUUCAAGAUGCGCCGGAUGAAGAACGUGCAGGAGCAGAGCCUGGAGGCCGGGUUAGCGCAGGACCUGCCUGUCGUCUUGGCUCCUGGUAAGGAGUUCCUGCAGCUGCCGUCCAUCGAGAUUACGCCCUCCAGCGACGAGGACACCCCGUGGUCCAACUGCUCCACACCCAGCGCUUCCCCGCGCCGAAAGCGCUUCCUUCUCCGCAAGUGGCUGAGGGUGAGGGAGCGGAAGGAGUGCAGUGAAAGCAGCAGCCAGCAGAGCAGCCAGCAGAGCAGCCAUGAUGACGAUUCGAGCAGGUUCCUGAGCCCUCGAGUGCGGGAAGAAAGCACUGCUAGUAACUCCAACCGCAGCACGCCGGCCUGCUCCCCCAUCCUCCGGAAGAGGUCUCGAUCACCAACCCCGCAGAACCAGGACGGAGACACCAUGGUGGAGAAGGGCUCAGAUCAUUCCUCAGACAAGUCCCCAUCCACCCCGGAGCAGGGUGUGCAGCGCAGCUGUUCCUCACAGUCCGGCAGGAGUGGUGGCAAAAAUUCCAAGAAAAGCCAGAGUUGGUACAACGUGUUAAGCCCCACUUACAAGCAGAGAAAUGAAGACUUCAGAAAGCUCUUUAAGCAACUUCCAGACACGGAGCGCCUCAUUGUUGAUUACUCAUGUGCACUCCAAAGAGACAUUCUUCUUCAGGGCCGACUCUACCUCUCAGAAAAUUGGAUCUGCUUCUACAGCAACAUCUUCCGCUGGGAAACUCUGCUGACAGUCCGUUUGAAAGAUAUCUGCUCCAUGACAAAAGAAAAAACAGCUCGCCUCAUCCCCAAUGCCAUCCAAGUUUGCACUGAUUCAGAAAAGCACUUUUUCACUUCUUUUGGGGCCCGGGAUAGAACCUAUAUGAUGAUGUUCCGGCUCUGGCAGAAUGCUCUCCUUGAGAAGCCCUUGUGCCCCAAGGAGCUCUGGCACUUUGUACACCAGUGCUAUGGGAAUGAGCUGGGCCUGACCAGUGACGACGAGGACUACGUUCCCCCUGACGAUGACUUCAACACGAUGGGCUACUGUGAGGAGAUCCCUGUAGAAGAGAAUGAAGUGAAUGACAGCUCUUCCAAAAGCAGCAUCGAGACCAAGCCAGACGCCAGCCCACAGCUGCCCAAGAAAUCCAUCACCAACAGCACCCUGACAUCCACUGGAAGCAGCGAAGCCCCCGUAUCGUUUGAUGGCCUGCCCCUGGAGGAGGAGGUGUUGGAGGGCGAUGGGACUCUGGAGAAAGAGCUUGCUAUUGACAACAUCAUCGGGGAAAAGAUUGAGAUCAUCGCGCCAGUGAACUCCCCUUCAUUGGACUUCAAUGACAAUGAGGACAUCCCCACCGAGCUUAGUGACUCUUCAGACACUCAUGAUGAAGGGGAGGUCCAGGCCUUCUAUGAAGACCUGAGUGGCCGGCAGUACGUGAAUGAGGUUUUCAACUUCAGUGUGGACAAGCUGUAUGACCUUCUCUUCACCAACUCGCCCUUCCUGAGGGAUUUUAUGGAGCAGCGGAGAUUCUCUGAUAUCAUCUUCCAUCCAUGGAAAAAGGAAGAGAAUGGAAACCAGAGCCGAGUGAUUCUUUAUACCAUCACCCUUACCAAUCCCCUAGCUCCCAAAACUGCCACUGUCAGGGAGACACAGACCAUGUACAAGGCAAGCCAGGAGAGCGAAUGUUACGUGGUAGACGCGGAAGUCCUCACCCACGACGUGCCCUACCACGACUACUUCUACACCAUCAAUCGCUACACGCUCACUCGCGUAGCCCGGAACAAGAGUCGACUCAGGGUCUCUACAGAGCUGCGAUACCGAAAACAGCCCUGGGGGUUAGUAAAAACCUUUAUUGAGAAGAACUUCUGGAGUGGGCUGGAGGACUACUUCCGCCAUUUAGAGAGUGAGUUAACCAAAACGGAGAGUACCUACCUGGCUGAGAUGCACAGACAGUCUCCCAAGGAGAAGGCCAGCAAGCCCCAGACCGUGCGGAGGAGAAAGCGUCCCCAUGCCCACCUGCGGGUACCUCACCUGGAAGAGGUAAUGAGCCCCGUCACCACACCCACCGAUGAAGAUGUGGGCCACAGGAUCAAGCACGUGGCAGGUUCCACGCAGACACGACAUAUCCCCGAAGACACUCCCAACGGUUUCCACCUGCAGAGUGUGUCUAAGCUGCUGCUGGUUAUCAGCUGUGUUCUGGUGCUGCUGGUCAUCCUUAACAUGAUGCUCUUCUACAAGCUCUGGAUGUUGGAAUACACCACCCAGACCCUUACUGCCUGGCAGGGUCUAAGGCUCCAAGAAAGGUUACCCCAGUCUCAGACAGAAUGGGCCCAGCUCUUAGAGUCCCAACAAAAGUACCAUGAUACUGAGCUCCAAAAGUGGAGGGAGAUCAUCAAAUCCUCAGUGAUGCUCCUAGACCAGGUGAGAUGCCCCGCCUUCUCCGCUUCCCCUAGUUGGCAAGAGAUAAAGAUCCUUCCUUUUUGCUCUGAGAAACAUCACCACCUCUAUCACCAGCCUUCCAUUGAUAUUUUCCUCUCCUUCAUUCUUUUCCCUGGCCAUUCACUAUUCUAAUGUUAAAGCCCUUCCUGAAUAGGCUAUUGGAAACAGAGGUACAUUCCCCAAAAUAACAAUUAAAAAAAAAAAUACAUUGGAUUUGUAGCAAGAAGACUUUUUUUUUUUUUUUUUUUUGUAGGUUAGAUGGAAGGAGUACUUAUUUAUUUACUUAUUUUGGUAACCUAUAGUCAUCGAACAGGCAUUAAAAAACAAACUCCCCUUUUACAGAGAUUCGUCUUCCCAGAGGACAUAUCUAAUUCCUUUUCAUCUAUACCAUCCCUUCUCUGACCCUCAAAGGCCCUGUACCAAGAAGAUGACUAUUAUGUCUUUACUUGACAUUUUUUUAGUACAAUUGCCUGUUUUCCUCAGAAAACCUAAAUCCAACUGUUUUAAGAAAAUCAUCCUAUGGCAGGCAAAAAAAAAAAAAAGAAGAAGAAAAAAUCAAUAAUUAGCUUAGUUUCCUUGGAAGAAGGAGCUUCCUUCUUCCCUCCAGAAAAAUUUAAAAAUCUUUUAAAAAUGCCCCCAGGGCAUUGUCAAGACUUCAGGAAUUACCUUUGCUAUCAAGAGAAUUAGGUAGACAAUAGACCUAGAAUUUAUCCUGCUACAUUAAAAUUUCUAUUCCCAAAGAGGUGUCAUUCUGAUGUUUUGUACUUAGCUAGCCCUGAGCUGGAAUCCCUGCUUUGCUCUAAUUAGUUUUAUGACCUGGAGCAAGAGGUGUUAACAUAGCAUCAGUUUCCUCAUUUAUAAAAUAGGGAUUGUGUCUGUAACUCUGAGAAACUGCCAUCAGAAUUUGAUGGCACCUGGAAGGCACUCACUAACAUCAAACCUUACUUCCCCUUCAUAGCUUGGUUUUGUGCUGAAAUAAGGAGAGAUAUUCUCAAUACAAUUAAUAAGACCCAAAUUUAGCAUGUUUAUUAGAAUACCAGAUGUAUCUUUGGAGCUAUAUUUAAGGAGGGCAUUUCUGGGGGCAAUGUGAGCACACCAGUUUCCAGACAUCGGGAUCAACAGGCGAAGGGUUAGUUUACAUGUAAAACUCCAGAGGUCUGUUACGGCUACAAGUUACAAGGAGUCAAAUUUUUGAGUCAUCUAAUAAAAACAGACUCCUUAUGGUUAGAGAAAAGGAGUGGGCUGCUUUGGAGGACUGAGGUUCCAACAUUAAAAGUGCUUAAGAAUCACAAGAUGAUGUUGGACAAGGAAUGUAAAAAUUAAAUGGGAGGCAGUUUGGAAUGGACACCCCAGGGAUCUCUUGCAAUUCUAGAAUUUUCAUUUUUUAUAUUUUUGGUUCUGAGGAUUGAAAUCAGGGCCUGGUGCCCGCUAGGCAAGCACACCCUACCACUGAGCUAUACUCCCAGUCCUUCCAACUCUAGAAUUCUAUUUCAAGGUGGUUCCCCUUCACUGGGACUUGGGCUGUCAGAUUCAUAGCCUCAUGGAUGCUACGGUGUGAUGGGCCCCUUCUGAUUUCCCCACUGGCACUGCCCUAUCUAGGCUCCAUUCCAUGCGGCCUGGAGGAGAAAGACGAUUGUAAGCCAGAGACAGUCUGGAUUUGUUCUGGGCCUUUACAGAAGGCUGAGAUUGGAGGAGACAAGGCUGAAAGAACAGUGUGGCAAAAUGUAUAAAGACAGGAGACAGAAUGUUCUGAAUCCAUAUUAAGGAAGUGUUAGUCUAAAGUGGCUCCUUACAGCAGCCAAAAAUGCUUAGAGAAGAGUUUCUUAUUUCAGUGGUACUGAGGGUCAAAAAUCGCCAAGACAUGGCAAGAUCUACCUAAGGGCUUUACAAUGCUGUCAUAGUUGUCCCUACCCGAGACUGCGCUCCUGGAAACCAUCCUGACUUUAGAGUAGCCCUGUGGCAGGUGCUGCUGUAUGGAGAAGCCCACUGAGAGCCCAACCUGGGCCUGGGG